CGCUGCCUUCCGCCCGCACCGUGGUGCGCGGCGUGCUUUUGAUCGCGCUCUUCGCGCUCAGCCGUGCAGCGAAUCCUUGCUGCUCAAACCCAUGCCAAAACAGAGGAGUGUGCAUGUCAGCAGGUUUUGAUCGUUAUGAGUGUGACUGUACACGGACUGGCUACACUGGAGAAAACUGCAUGACACCGGAAUUUUUUACUUGGUUGAGACUAAAACUGAAGCCUGCUCCGGACACAGUUCACUACAUACUCACUAAUUUCAAAGUAGUCUGGAAUAUCAUCAAUAACAUUCCAUAUAUCCACAGUUACAUCAUGAGAUACAUACUAAUGUCAAGAUCCCACUUAAUUGAGAGCCCGCCGACAUAUAAUAGCCAAUAUAGUUACAAAAGUUGGGAAGCCUAUUCCAAUCUCUCCUAUUAUACUAGAAGUCUGCCACCAGUAGAACAUGACUGCCCCACUCCAACGGGUGUGAAAGGUAAAAAAGAGCUUCCCAACUCCAAGAUCCUUGCAGAGAAAUUCCUGCUGCGGAGAAAAUUCAUUCCUGACCCUCAAGGCACGAAUAUGAUGUUCACCUUCUUUGCCCAGCAUUUCACCCACCAGUUCUUCAAGACAGAUCACCAUAAAGGGCCAGCCUUCACCAGAGGUCUUGGGCACGGGGUUGAUCUAAGCCAUGUCUAUGGAGAGACUUUGGAAAGGCAGCUGAAACUGAGACACCUUAAGGAUGGGAAACUAAAAUUUCAGAUGAUUGAUGGAGAGAUGUAUCCACCCACAGUUGAAGAAACUCAAGCCGAAAUGAUGUAUCCGCCCCAUCUCCCGGAGCACCUGAAAUUUUCUGUAGGACAGGAGGUCUUUGGCUUGGUUCCAGGGUUGAUGAUGUAUGCUACAAUAUGGCUCCGGGAACACAACCGGGUCUGUGACAUUCUUAAGGGAGAGCAUCCGGAAUGGGAUGAUGAGCAGCUGUUCCAAACUGCCAGGCUCAUUUUGAUAGGUGAGACAAUCAAGAUUGUGAUUGAAGAUUAUGUGCAGCACUUAAGCGGCUACCACUUCAAGCUGAAGUUUGAUCCGGAGCUUCUCUUCAACCAAAGAUUCCAGUAUCAGAACAGAAUAGCAGCUGAGUUUAACACACUCUACCACUGGCAUCCUCUUCUGCCUGAUACUUUUCAAAUCCAGGACCAAGAGUAUACUCAUCAGCAGUUCAUCUACAACAACUCCAUCAUGUUGAACCAUGGCCUGUCCCACAUGGUACAAUCUUUCUCCAACCAAAGGGCUGGAAGGGUCUCGGGGGGUAGGAAUAUACCUGCUUCAGUGCUGAAAGUAGCAAAAGCCUCCAUUGAACAUAGCCGACAGAUGAGAUACCGAUCUUUGAAUCAGUACCGGAGGCACUUUCUCUUGAAGCCUUUUCAGUCAUUCGAACAACUUACAGGAGAAAAAGAGAUGUCUGCAGAACUUGAAGAGCUGUAUGGAGAUAUUGAAGCUAUGGAGCUGUAUCCAGGCCUUCUUCUAGAAAAGCCACGUCCUGGAGCCAUCUUUGGUGAGACUAUGAUAGAACUUGGGGCACCAUUCUCCUUAAAAGGUCUCAUGGGAAACCCGAUCUGCUCCCCCGAGUAUUGGAAGCCCAGCACUUUUGGAGGCAAAGUGGGCUUUGACAUUGUGAACACAGCCUCCAUCCAAGGCCUCAUCUGCAACAAUGUGAAGGGUUGUCCCCUCACAGCUUUCCACGUCUUGAACCCGGAAACAAUACUGACAAAUAACAUCAGCAACCCCAGCACGUCGAUAGAUGAGAUCAGCCCAGCUGUACUACUGAAAGAGCGGUCUGCUGAACUUUAGAAAAAAGCUGUUCACGUUUAUUUAUUUAAUUUAUCUAUUUUAAUAUUGAUAUUUAUACUUCAAACAGAACUCUAUGGACUUGUCUGUGCCUUGGCAUCUAAUCCAAGAUGGGGACUUAAAGGAGUUCUGCUUGGUGUUGCAGAUCUGGAUACCUGGUUUUUAAUUAUAUCUUUUGUACCGGAAAUAUCUUUUCCAAAAUGGAUAAAAGGCAUUAAAUUUGCUGCUUAAACUUGAAUGCAAACACUAACAUGGAACCGGGUUAAGUGCCACCCACUCAAAGCCUGACAAUAUUUUUGGGGGGAAACAAAACUAACACAAGAAAUCUGUAUUCUCAAAACCUGCCCCUCUGCAGAAAUAAUUUUAGUACUACCCUACGAAAUAAAUGGGAGACGAAAAGGAUAGCUACGAUCUAGUUAAAAUUAGCUGCAUUGGCAUGGAACUUGAUAGAAUGCAAAAUUACUUAAAUUGGGCUCUUGUGUUGACUAAAAGUUGGGAAAUGGGAAAUGAAUUUUCACUAGCUUUUUUGUGUGGCUAAGCACAAGAUUUUGAAAAUGGGCUGAUCUUCCUUUAUUUCAUGAGUAGUCUCUACCUGGUUACAAAAACAAAAUCUUGUCCUGUGGCUUUAUAGGAUGUGGUUCCCACACAAUUCCUAUUUAAAUGAAUAGGAGCUAGUACUCUGGCUGAAUCAAUAUGCUUUUCAAUGACAAGUUUCUUAGUGCAUUUCUGUAGGGUAGCCCAAUAUAUAUGAUCGGAAGGUAAACACUUACAAUUUAUUA